AAAUAAUUAUAUCAUAAUAAAUAAUAAUAAUAAGGAUAAAAUAAUAAAUAAUUAAUAGUCGUGUAUAUAUUGUAUAAUAAAAGAAAGAAAGAAAGAAAGAAAGAAAGAAAGAGAAUAAUAAAAUAAAUAAAAAUGGAGUCAGCUAAUAGUAAUAAUAAUAAUAAUAAUAAUAAUAUAAGUAGCAGAAGAAGCGAAGCACCAAUUAUUAAAUUAAGUAUAGAUCUUAUUAAAACUUAUAAAAAUAUAAAUCAAGUGUAUUAUGCGUCAAAAGCAAAAAAAAAUAAAGCGGCACUUCAACAACAACAACAACUACAGCAGCAGCAGCAGCAACAGCAGCAACAGCUACAGCAACAACAACAGCAACAACAGCAACAACAGCAACAACAACAGCAGCAACAACAACAACAGCAACAAGCUCAAACUAAAGUUGGAAAUGGUGGUAAAUUUAAUGACGGUUAUGACGAUGAAAAUGCAGAUUAUAUUGUUAGAAUUGGCGAAGUGUUUUUAGAUAGAUUCGAAAUUCAUUCAAGUUUGGGGAAAGGUUCGUUUGGUCAAGUGGUUAAAGCAUAUGAUCGUUUACUUAAUGAAUACGUCGCAAUAAAAAUCAUUAAAAAUAAAGUACCAUUUUAUAAUCAAGCAUUAAUAGAAAUUAAAUUGUUAGAGCUAAUGAAUAAUAAAGAUCCAGAGGAUCAAUAUAAAAUAAUUAAAUUAAAGCAUCACUUUAAAUUUAGAAAUCAUCUUUGUAUAGUUACCGAAUUAUUAUCAUAUAAUCUUUAUGAUUUAUUAAGAAAUACCCAUUUUCAUGGUGUUUCAUUAAAUUUAAUAAAGAAAUUUGCCCACCAAAUUUUAACAGCCUUAUUUUUUAUGUCAACUCCAGAAGUUGAUGUUAUACAUUGCGAUUUAAAACCAGAAAAUAUUUUAUUAAGGAAUCCAAAAAGAAGUGCAAUUAAAAUUAUUGAUUUCGGUAGUUCAUGUCAUUCAAACGAAAGAAUGUAUAAAUAUAUUCAAAGUAGAUUCUACAGAUCACCAGAGAUUUUAUUGGAAUUGGAUUAUUCAUUUUCUAUUGAUAUGUGGAGUUUAGGUUGCAUUUUGGUUGAAAUGCAUGUAGGUGAGCCACUGUUUUCAGGUCAAAACGAACAAGAUCAACUAACUAAAAUUAUUGAAGUAAUGGACUUACCACCAACCUACAUGAUAGAAUCUAGCCCAAAAGCAAAGAAAUUCUUUACAAAAGACCCAAUAGAUAAUACAUAUCAAUUGAAAAAAUCUGAAAAAUUAAAAAGUGAUUUUUGCAAAAGGAAACUUUCAGAGAUAAUUGGAGUAGAGAGUGGUGGUCCUCAAGGUAGAAGAAAGAAUGAACCAGGUCACUCGACAUUAGAUUAUUUAAAAUUUCAAGAUUUAAUUGAAAAAAUGCUAAUAUAUGAUCCCCAAAAAAGAAUUACACCUUUAGAAGCUUUACAACAUCCAUUCUUUUUAACUGAUGAAACCCAGCCAUCAACACCUUCCCAGCCAAUCGCAACCACAACAACCACAACAACCAUAGCAAGUCAAACUAUUAUACGACAACCCAAUAAUAACAACAAUAAUAAUAAUAAUAAUAAUAAUAAUAAUAAUAAUAAUAAUAAUAAUAAUAAUAAUAAUAAUAAUGGUGAAAAUAAUAGUAAUAAUAGUAAUAGUUAUUCACCUUUAAAAAAAAAUGUGUCAUCUUCACCAUCAAACACAUCUGUUACAAAUAAAAAUAGUAAUAAUAGUUAUCAAUCACCAUCACAAUCAUACUCACCAACAUAUCAUUCAAAUUAUAAAUUAGUAGAUCAAAUGAAAAGGACUACAAUGAAAGAUAAAUCACCUUUACAAACGUCACACAGUAUUUCAGAUAUAUUAAAUACAGAUAAUAACAAUAUAAAUGAAAAUGAUAGUAAUGGAGAUGAUAACAAUGAAAGAAAUUAUCAUCACCAUAGUCAUAGCCAUCAUAAUAAUAAUAAUAAUAAUAAUAAUAAUAAUAAUAAUAAUAAUAAUAAUAAUAAUAAUAGUAAUAACAACGAUGAUAACAGUAAUAAUAAUGAAUAUUCAUCAAAUAAUAAUAUUGAUAUAAAAUCAACUACAAAAAUUAAUUAUCAAUUAGAAAGUAAAAGCAAUAUUUUUAAAGCAAAUGAUUCAUCAUAUCAAGAAACAACCAAUUCAUCAAGGCUAACUAUAAAUAUUCCCUCUCACGCGCCAGUGCCCCCUUUAAAAAACCUUUUACCUCAUCAACAUAAUAAUAAUAAUAAUUAACAAUUUAAAAACAAUAUAAAUAAAACUAAUGAUAAAAAAAAAACAAGCUUGAUUGUGGAAAUUUAUAGCUUAAUUUUAUC